UAAUAAUAGUCCCAGCUCUGCACAGAAACCCUACUCUGUAGCACUGAGGGGUAUGAGACGGUCACUGGCAAGGAGAACUGCAGCCAAGAUCUGAAAAUGACCAAAUCCUAUAGAGAGAAUGGGCUGAUUAUGGCCGAGACUCCAGGCUCCAGAGGAUGGGUGGAUGAAUGUCUGAGCUCUCAGGAUGAACACGAUCUAGAGAAAAAGGAGGGAGAGUUGGACAGUCUCAUGAAAGAAGAUGAUGAGGAUUCGCUGAAUCAUCACAAUGGAGAGGAGAACGAGGAAGAGGAUGAAGUGGACGAUGAAGAGGAGGAGGACGACGACGAUGAAGAUGAUGAGGAUGACGAUGACCAAAAACCCAAAAGACGAGGACCGAAAAAGAAAAAAAUGACGAAAGCCCGGGUGGAGCGAUUUAAAGUCAGACGCAUGAAAGCAAACGCCAGAGAGAGGAAUCGCAUGCACGGACUCAACGCCGCGCUGGACAAUCUGCGCAAAGUCGUGCCCUGCUACUCCAAAACCCAAAAGUUGUCAAAGAUCGAAACUCUGCGCCUGGCUAAGAACUACAUUUGGGCUCUCUCCGAGAUUCUACGGUCCGGCAAAAGCCCCGACUUGGUGUCCUUUGUGCAAACGCUCUGCAAAGGUUUGUCGCAGCCCACAACUAAUCUAGUAGCUGGGUGCCUACAGCUGAACCCCAGAACUUUCCUUCCUGAGCAGAGCCAGGAUAUCCCAUCACAUAUGCAAGCAAGCAGCGCUUCCUUCCCCCUGCACCCAUUCCCCUACCAGUCCCCGGGUCUUCCUAGCCCUCCCUAUGGUACCAUGGACAGCUCCCAUGUAUUCCACGUUAAGCCGCACUCCUAUGGCUCAGCCCUGGAGCCCUUCUUUGACAGCACCGUAACUGACUGUACCAGCCCAUCAUUUGAUGGCCCCCUUAGCCCACCCCUUAGUGUUAAUGGGAACUUUACUUUUAAACAUGAGCCUUCUGCGGAGUACGAUAAAAACUACGCGUUCACUAUGCACUAUCCUGCGGCCACUAUGGCAGCAGCAGCCCAGGGCCACGGAUCAUUGUUCUCCACUGGGGCUCCGCGCUGUGAAAUCCCAAUAGACAGCAUGAUGUCCUAUGAGGGUCACUCCCACCACGAAAGAGUAAUGAGUGCCCAGCUUAAUGCCAUCUUUCACGAUUAACCCUUGGAAGAUCAAAUGAAUGAAACUCAUGUAACUGACUGUGCUUUGACAAGACUGUCUUGUUUACAAGGGCAGACACUUGGGUCGCAGAAGUGCAAAUGCCCCACUCUGGUGUGACACACUUGAUCUUACUGCCUUUAGAUACGGGAACCUGCAGUUCCACCUAAUGUAUUAUUUCCCACCUCUAUCCAAUCGCCACUCCCUAAAUUCGGAGUGCAACGAUCUAUGACAUCGUGUCAUUUAUCCGAUCCAGAUAUAAAA